GUGAUUUGGCCACGCAGCGCGUUUGCGCAGGCGCGUCCCACACUCACUGGCAAGGUGUGGACACUGCGAGAGCGCGAGUGGGAACGCAGUAGCCUAGCGUGCUUUUGGAAAAGAGGUGGAUGCGUCUGUAAAAAACAGCCGGAGGGUUGAACACCAGUCCGUUUUUACAAAAGCAAUAUGUGCACCAACGCGGCACUGCCGUCACCCUUUGAAGUUCUUGCUAUAUAAAGUCGUGAAGGUCUCGCGUCUUUCACCGUCACCUCUGAGCUGAAGAGAAGUGCGAACAGCGCAGGUAGAACAGCAGAGCCGGAAGAACUCGCAUUUCUGGUCUCGUUCGGUUUGUUUUGCUUCUUCCAAGUGGAUUAUCUUUGGUAUUAGCUCAUAAAUGAAGUGAGUUUUAAAGUGCUAGUUUUCAAGCGCGUCCGAGCUAAAUAAAUUAUGACGGACUUGAGGAAAAAGAAACUCUUCGUCCUGGUGGACGUGCUGUGUGUUGUUGUAGCUUCUCUGCCCUUUGUGAUAAUGAAUAUUGUGUCCCAGCCAUAUGAGCGAGGCAUCUACUGCCAGGACGAGAGCAUUAGUUACCCUGUAAAACCAGACACAAUCACCCACGUGACACUGGCUGUAGUCACCAUCACCUGCACUAUCAUCAUCACAUCAUCGGCUGAAGCAUAUCUGGUGUACAGCAAAAAAAUUAACUCCAACUCGACUUUUAAUCAAUAUGUGUCAGCCAUAUAUAAGGUGAUGGGUGCCUUCCUGUUUGGGGGAGCCGUCAGCCAAUCACUGACGGACUUGGCCAAGUACACCAUUGGGCGACCACGCCCACAUUUCUUAACAGUAUGUGCUCCCAAAGUCUGCAAAGGAUACGUGGCCUCAAUCAACUGCACUGGCGACCCACGUGAUGUAACUGAAGCCCGGUUGUCCUUCUACUCAGGCCACUCCUCCUUUGGGAUGUACUGCAUGCUGUUUCUAGCAUUCUAUGUUCAGGCCAGAUUGAAUGCAAAAUGGGCUCGUCUCCUGAGGCCCACUAUCCAGUUCUUCCUGGUGGCCUUUGCUGUGUAUGUAGGUUACACUCGUGUGUCCGAUUAUAAACACCACUGGAGCGAUGUGCUGGUGGGGCUCCUCCAGGGGGCGCUCAUUGCAAUUCUCACUGUAAGUUAACCCUUUUUUCCUUUAAAGGGGUCAU